AUGACCAUGGAGGCUGGUGCGGACACACAGCAAAGCGGUGAAACGGCAGUCUCAGAAUCUGAGGCCCAGCAGAUCACCCUGACCCAGGCGUCCAUUGCGGGCCAGGUGUCGUCCAGUAGUCCCACGGUCACUUUAGUCCAGCUCCCCAACGGUCAAACGGUGCAAGUGCACGGAGUGAUCCAGGCAGCUCAGCCCUCCGUCAUUCAGUCCCCACAGGUCCAGACAGUUCAGAUUUCAACCGUUGCUGAGAGCGAGGACUCUCAGGAAUCUGUCGACAGCGUCACAGACUCUCAGAAGAGAAGAGAGAUUCUAUCCAGACGGCCUUCUUACAGGAAGAUUCUGAACGACUUAUCGUCGGACGCUCCGGCGGUGCCUCGAAUUGAGGAGGAAAAAUCAGAGGACGACACUUCCCCAGCCAUCACCACGGUCACCAUGCCCACUCCCAUCUAUCAGACCAGCAGUGGCCAGUACAUCGCCAUCACCCAGGGCGGGGCCAUCCAGCUGGCCAAUAACGGCACGGACGGGGUCCAGGGCCUUCAGGCGCUCACCAUGGCCAACGCCGCCGCCGCCCAGCCCGGAACCACCAUCCUGCAGUACGCGCAGACCAGCGACGGCCAGCAGAUCCUCGUGCCUAGCAACCAGGUGGUCGUACAAGCCGCCUCCGGUGACGUCCAGGCCUACCAAAUCCGCACGGCGACCACUAACGCCAUCACUCCCGGGGUGGUCAUGGCGACCUCGCCCGCGCUGGGAACGUCCGGAGCCACGGAGGAAGUCACGCGCAAAAGGGAGGUCCGGCUGAUGAAGAACAGGGAGGCGGCCCGAGAGUGUCGCCGGAAGAAGAAGGAGUACGUCAAGUGUCUGGAGAACCGCGUGGCCGUGCUGGAAAACCAGAAUAAAACUCUCAUCGAGGAACUGAAAGCCCUCAAAGACUUGUACUGCCACAAAUCCGAGUAG